GUCACCAGUGAGACGACGCGACGCUAGUAUCGUCCACCAACGCUUUGCGGGCGGUUGUUUGUGUGGUUCAGAGACAUGGCCGCCGGGUUCGUAGGCUCCACGAAGAGUUUCCCGUUCUCCUUUGACAUGGAUGUGGACGAUGAAGCAGGACGGAGCACACCGCAUCUUAACCAAAGGACAGGGAGUGAGAGCCCCACGAGCGCGGUUGGGGCAGAAGCGCCCCGGGAACUUCCCAAUGAGCUGUCGGCGCCGUACGAAGUGCCACAGUUCCCCAUAGAGCAGAUCGAGAAGAAACUCCUCAUACAGAGACAGCUAAAUGUCAAAGCAGCGGAAUGCGGUCAGUCAGCUCGCUCGUUCGCGGGCAGCGAGGCGGGCGGCGCCGCGGCCGUGUUCGAUGACGCGGCGCGGCUGCGUGUCGACGACGAGGACUUCGAUGUCAUCCUACCGCACUUCCAGCGCGUGGCCAUAAGCGGGGAGGACACUUCUGGGGUGCCAUUGGAAGAUCUGCAGCAGGCCUCCUCGUACCUGGUGCAGGCGCUGGAGAUCCGCAAGCGCUACAUGGACAUGUCCCAGCAAAGCUUCGCCACCAUUACCGCUCGGUUCCUGCGCACCAUAGACUCGGACACGCCCUACAACCACUCGGCGAAUGUUAAAGUGCCCAAGAGCCACAUUGCUGAUCACAUCGUGCACCCUCCAUUCAAAGACAAGGAUCCAUGGGAGUGUCCGAUGCCAGAGCCGAAAAACUACACAAUCAAGUCCGACAGGGGCGUCUUCAACUUGUACAGGAGCACGGAGCAGGGCGAGGAGAGGGUGCCGUACGAGUACGUGAAUCUCUCGCAGUACAUCCAGGAUAUGAAUACUAUGUGCACUAUGAUCGCUGAUGGACCACUCAAGUCGUUCUGCUAUCGACGCCUGUCUUACCUGUCGUCGAAGUUCCAGCUGCAUGUCCUGCUCAACGAGCUUCGUGAGCUAGCGUCACAGAAGGCCGUGCCUCACCGCGACUUCUAUAAUAUACGAAAAGUGGAUACGCACAUUCACGCAGCGUCGUGUAUGAAUCAGAAGCAUUUGCUUCGAUUUAUCAAGAAAACACUGAAGAAACACGCGGAUGAAGUAGUGACACUGCACAAGGGUUCACCGAUGACGUUGAAAGCGGUAUUCCAGUCUAUGAACCUCAGUACUUAUGACCUCACCGUCGACAUGCUAGAUGUCCAUGCGGAUCGUAACACGUUCCAUCGCUUCGAUAAGUUCAACGCUAAAUACAACCCCAUCGGGGAGAGUCGAUUGCGCGAGGUGUUCCUCAAGACUGACAAUUACAUGAACGGGAAGUACUUCGCCAGGAUCAUAAAGGAAGUGGCAUCAGAUCUAGAAGAGAGCAAGUAUCAGAAUGCGGAGCUGCGUCUGUCAAUUUACGGGAAAAGUCCAGGAGAGUGGGCGAAGUUGGCUAAAUGGGCUAUACAGUAUGAUGUCCACUCUAACAACGUCCGUUGGCUAUUACAGAUCCCUCGACUUUACGAUAUUUUUAAAUCGAACAAGAUCAUGAACAACUUCCAAGAAUUCCUCAGUAAUAUCUUCCAACCACUGUUCGAAGUCACCAAAGAUCCUAAUAGUAACAUUGAACUCCAUAAGUUCCUAACGCAUGUCAUCGGUUUCGAUAGUGUAGAUGAUGAAUCUAAACCCGAGAAUCCGAUGUUAGACGCGGAUGUACGUAUUCCAGCAGACUGGGAUGACGAAGAAAACCCACCUUACGCUUAUUACCUCUACUAUAUGUACGCUAACAUCACCGUGCUCAAUCACUUCCGCAAAGAGCAAGGUCUGAACACAUUUGUACUGCGCCCUCACUGUGGCGAGGCAGGGCCCGUUCAGCAUCUUGUGUGUGGGUUUAUGCUCGCUGAAAAUAUUUCUCACGGACUUUUGCUUAGAAAGGUGCCAGUUCUGCAGUACCUGUACUACCUGGCCCAGAUCUCCAUCGCGAUGUCGCCGCUCAGCAACAACUCGCUGUUUCUGAACUACCACCGCAACCCGCUGCCCGAGUUCCUCGCGCGCGGCCUCUGCAUCACCCUCAGCACCGACGACCCGCUGCAGUUCCACUUCACCAAGGAGCCGCUGAUGGAGGAGUACAGCAUCGCGGCGCAGGUGUGGAAGCUCAGCUCGUGCGACAUGUGCGAGCUGGCGCGCAACUCUGUGCUCAUGUCCGGCUUCCCGCACGAGAUGAAGCAGUACUGGUUGGGCCCGUACUACCAAAAGGAGGGCGUGGCGGGUAAUGACAUCACGCGCACCAACGUGCCCGACAUCCGCAUCUCCUUCCGCUACGAGACGCUGCUGGACGAGCUCACCAACAUAUUCAAGGAAGGAAUGUCAAGCCCGCGAUAAACGCAUUCGACACAAGAGCAAGAAAUGCGAUCCAUUCAAUGUUAACGUUGUGAAUCCAAAUGUAAUCAUAACUAAUCUUUAUAUUUAACAGUUUUGUUUUUUUAAAGCACCUUGUAAGGUUGCCCCAAUUAUCUUAAGGGUAGAGUCCUUUUCUUAAUAUAUGCUGUUAGUUAUUUUGUCAAUGCAUGCAAUUACAUCACGUUACGUAUAAUGAAAUAUUACUCACUUAAUUGAUUCGGUACAUUAUUCACUGCUCAGAUUGAAUAUGAGCGAUGUUUUGAGACCUUCGAUAUUACUAUAUUUAUUGGUAACUUUUAAAAUAAUCGUGACAUUGCGUCAGCUUUCUAUGUUAGAUACUUUGAGUAGUAUCAGUCUCUAAAGCUAAAUAAAUUGCUUUUGGAAGUAGAUCUAAGUACAUAAUGUAUUUCAUUUGGAUGUGUCAAUAUACAAUAGUAAUCAAAGACUCAUAACGCAACGUUUAUAUUAUAUUUUUUGAUAAGGCAUACAUUUAAAGCAGUUAAGAGUUAUGGCUGAAUAUUGAAAUAUACCUAUUUCUCAAAAAUCUUUACUAAAUCUCAAAGAAUCUUUGCAAAAACCGCGAGAAAAUAUCUACAUUUUCUAGAAGAAUAGAAGUAAGUAUAUAAAAAUAUACAAAUAGGUUAGGUUCCUACAUUAUUAUUCUAUCGAAUUUUUAUGUUCAUAAGUUUAUUUUUUUUGUUCAACAGUGUAUAUUAAGAAAGGGUCCUACAAUAUAAUAUUAAGAUUUCCCUCAAUGUGAUAAUUCUGACUGUAAGAUUGAAAGUGCCAUUUCGCAGUAGAUAGUGAACCCUGCGCGCGUGCCUAGGUAUGACUUAGGUAUAGAUGACUGACAAUAUUAAUUCCUCACCAACACCUGCCUUUUAACCAUGUAGUUUGGCUCUAUAAGGACUACACCACAUUCUAAUAAUUUUUGACUGUCGUAAUCUGGCAAAGAUAUCCUUCUAUUUUUUUCAUUACCAUUGGUCACUGCCCAUAAAAAUUACUUUUGUAGUGUCAACUUUUCAAAAAGCUGUAAGAAUAAUUUUUUUGUAAAUAUAUGAAACCUAAUUUCAUUCAUUUAAUUAAAAAAGUAGAAUAUAAUAAUACGAACAAACUUCAGCUAUCCUUUAAAGAUGAGACCAAAUGAACCCGUCUAGCGCGAACGCGUUUGCGUCAGCGUGCAGAUUUGCUCUCUACUUGCGACAUCACAAGCGACGUUUUAUUCGCCACCAUAAUCGAUAACAACUUUAAAUUUUAUAUUUUACUAAUGCUUGACACUUUUUUGGUUAAGAAAUAACCUGUGAUAUCCAUUUCUUUUGCAUAUUAGUCUUUAGCUGUUUACGCUGUUUUUAAAUUGUCAGCCAGUCAGUUAGUUAGCUGUUUGAAAUUUUAUUGGAAUGUGAUGGAGAUUACUCGUAUACGCAGUAGAGUGGACACAAUAGAGCUCUUCACAUUACAAGCACAAUGAUUGAAAAGCAUUUAUCUCGUGGAUAAUUGUUGGCAUUUUUAUUGUGUGAAGGGGCCUAUAGUCUAUUUUUUUGGUUUUCAUCGGAAGAUUCAAAUUCUUUGAUAUGCAAUGACUCAGCAAAACUUUGCUACUAAUUUCGUGUUGCAGAAGAUUGGCCGGGCCAUUAUAGCGAAGCACUUAAAUGAGUGCGCUUACUCAUUUAAGCGGGACAUAUUAUAUCAAUGUGAAGUCGUAGUGUGGGUGUCCCUAACUUUUUGAAUCUUUCUUGUGUUGCAUAGGAUAGUCCUCAGUUGACACUUAAAGAGCGUUUGGAUGGGGGUAGGUACUAAGAGAAUUCCGAUGAAAAAUAUCGUAAUUACACGAUCACGAGUGAGAUUUCAGUGAGUUUAAAUUCAAGUAUUGUUUAUACACAAACUUACUUAAAAGAAGCUAAAAAAAAUCAAUGUUGUUGUUUUAUAAUUACCUAAAUUGUUUUAAUCGUCUUUCUGUAGUCUGUGACCCAAUUUGACCUCAAAUAUAAACAGAGCUGAUGUUAUGGUUGUCACGACGUAUUUUUUUAUAAAUCAUUAUCCUGUUAUUUCUUAAAAAUUAUUGAUCCUAAGAACAAGUUGCACAAACAAGAUUUUUUUUAUCAUGAAUACUGUUAUAAACCAUCGGCUUACCACCCCCUUACCAACUAGCCUAGCCUUAAUUUAAAUGACAAUAUACAAUUGUCGUUUAAAUUAAGGCUGAUUACUCAAUCCUUAAAUAACCUACCGGAGGAAUAAUUUGAUUGAUUUCAACAUCUGAUAAACUUUACAUAUUGCUGGAUAGUUUUCUUGGUUAAAUAUUAUUUUGCCGUUGUAAAAUAGGCCCUUAAAAUGUUGAAUAAGUUAUCUAUGUAUAUAUAGCUACUUGUUAUGUAACAAUUCUUAACCUUUACUCAUCCUUAGAUCUGUCUGUUUGUUCCUUUUUGUUUAAGAUUGUUCACGUUUAACAUUCGUAGUUCAUGAACCUACCUCACCCUUAACACAGCUUCUAGCGUCUUGCAACGCUUACGUCCUGAUAAACCUACAUAUUAUAUCACUGACAUAUAUACAUACAUUUAUUGAAUUAAUUAUGUAACUGAGUCAGUGUAAUUUUUACAGCGAUUAAAUUAAACUGAAACUACUUCAUUUAAAUUGCUUUUAUAGUUUUUUAAAUCCACAAUAUUGUUCCGCUAAAGAUUUCAAUUUUCAUUAACAGCUGUAAAAAUUACACCUUUCAUGUUCAAUAUUUAAUGUGAAUAAACCAUCAAAUGAAUCUGUUUUUGUGAAUCUAAUAUAUUUUUGUACAUCGUUUUUAUUAAUUAAAUUAAUUCAUUUGAUUACUAAGAAUAAUGAUUAAAGUACCAUAGUUAUAAGUAAAUCUCAUCCACAGUUAUUUAAAUAAAUAAUUAAUUAAUUAUGAUCUGUUUGUCUAAGCUUGAGUUUUUAAGUACCUAAAUAAAACAUUUGUUAUAACUUUGUUAAUGCUUUAUAUUGUUGUAACUUGUAAUAUAUAGGUAUACCAUUUUUGGUGUUAUAUUUACCCAACCUAAUUUGUAAAUUUAGUUCUUAUACUGUGUAUUACACUCUCUUCGCUCAUUGAUAAAAUUAUUUUAUCAGUUAUAGGUAGUAACCAAUAUUCGAGAAAAUAAUGCUGAAUAAAAUAUUGUAUAUUAUAUCAAAUAUUUUAGCAAUGUUUUGACGUUUAUUUCAUGCGUUACGGAAUAGUAACAAAUAUGUAAGUUUAAAUUUGGUGGACUUAACCAAAAGCUACAGCGCAGUGUCCAUCCAGCGUCCUUAGCAGUGUUGAAAAUUUCCGUCUUGCUUGCGUUGGAUCAGAAGGUUCCUGCUCAAAAAUGGGCGCAUCUUGUAAUUGGUCGCACGCUGGACGCAAAUUCGAACGCCGCUUUGGACUCGGGUUCGGACGCCGCAGUUUUGCCUCUUCAAAUAGAGUUCCUCUACUAAAUAUUUAUAAAACUUCAUUCAUAAAUUCAGACUUUUAUACAUAUAACUUUGGUAUAAUAUUAAAAGUAGUACCUAAUUAAAUAAUUCUGCCAGACAAUAAAUUUUAACCCUUCAAAGGACAACCUAUCCAAUAGGUGAAAAUAAAAACUGUCAAUGGUGUUGAAAUAUUUUUAAUACUUAUUAAAGGUAGUAAACUUAGUCCAUAAGCCUUUAGAAGGGUUUAACUGCAAUUUUGAUAAAUCAAUAAAACAAGAAAAAAUCCCCCGUACCUAAUAUGUAUUUUUAUAUUUGCGUUACAUUUGUUAUAAGAAUAUGGGUUCCAACAUUUCAAGUAAUCGAAGAGCGUAGUAAAGCAAUCCUUUAGCAGGGUCUGAAAAGCUUUGAAGUCAAAAGGUUUUAAUGGAGUUAAUUUUAUCAAGUCUCCGACGUAUCGCGACGUCAUAAUUACGAGUACGUGCAUCUUCUGUAAGCCCGGUAAACUGGGCAGUCGCUUGCUAUAUGACGACCGACUGGCGCAGUUUUUCGACUCAAAAACUGUGUGUUCGAUCCCCAGAACUAGAAAAUGUUUGUGUGAUGAGAAUUAAUGUUCCGUAAAGUUUCAGUGUUUGUGUGUUUUUCUGUAUAUUGCAAGUAAAUAUUCAUCGGUUAUCUUAGUACCCAUAAUACAAGCUACGCUUACUUUGGGCCUAGAUGGCGAUGUGUGUAUUGCCUUUUUUCUCACUUUUGUAACCCACACGCGACGCUAUCAUGCGGAGUAUUAGCAAUUCCAUUAAUUCUUCGCCUGCCAAAUCUAAUUAAGCGUUUAAAAAGUUCACUUUCAUUGUGAAAUUUAAAUGUGAUAGUGGCUGCGUCGGAAAGGAGAUAUUUUAUAUUUAUUUGUAACGCAAAGUUGAUUCGCUUAUUCUAUAUAGGUAUGUAUAAUGGAUAAAUGAUUUCUGCACCUGUGUGACAAGGGACAACUAAAUCAUAACCCAUCAGUUACUAACAUACUUACCUACAUGUUAAAUUGUAAGCUACAUAGGAAGACUUUUAAGCACUCCCCAAAGUGAAAUACUCUUACACAAUUCUUGCUGAAAAUAACCAAACAAGUGUCAACCAAAUGAUACUAUUACUAUAACGCUCAUUAAAUUUAUUUAACAUUUUCAAUUCAUAGUUGUUUCCAAAAAAACUACGUUUACAGACAUCAGUACAUAGUGGCGUGCAUUGGGUUUCUUACCAGGGUAUGCAUACAUCAGGAAAAUUGCUUAAAACGGCAAAACCCUCCUCUUAUACGAGUUAUUAUAUAUAACAAUUUUAGGGUAGGCAGUGCUUUUGUGCAUGUAUGAAGUGCAUGCCACUGGUACUAUACAACGUUACGCCACGUUCAAAUAUAAAGCAGUAUAAAAACUACGAAAAAACUAAGAAACUGCACACUCACACUGAAUGGAACACUUUUUUUUUGUUAGGUAUAAACUAUAUCCCCUUUGUGGAACUUUCAAGAUACGUGACAUAGGCAAAGUACAACGUUCUGAUUUUGCACGCCUAAAAGCAAAAAAAAAGCAAAAUAAGAUGAAGUGUUGAAUAUGAAAUGAAACCAAACAUUAAGAAAAAAACUUUUUUUUUGUUUCUAUCAAUUUUAAUGCAAUCGUUUUUAUUGUUCUUUUUAAAUAUGCUUUACACUAACUAGAAGUAAUGAAAAUGUGCUUUACAUUAUAAGACAAGUUAGGAAAAAAAUACAAUACAAUAUUUGAUAAUAUAUCCGAAAAAAUAUUUGACUGUCAAUUUCACCCACCUAUUCGAAUGUUAAGAAACAUUUUGGGCAGUGACUAAAAGGUCUUCCUGUUAAAUUAAUUAGAAAUUGUUCUAAUAAUUAAUUUCAAAUUGACAAAUACUAUACAAAGUAUAAGAAUUUGACUAUGUAUCAAUUAUACACUUUUACAUUAUAAUAUAUAUUAGAUACGAAAAGAAGAGUGAAUAUUAUCAUGUUGUUGGAAAUAAAUUUGCUCACGCAAA